AUAGAAGGACAAAAUAAUCAUUUCACAAACCCCGAUGAAUCUUCCUCCCACUCCUGUCACUACGGUAGUACCCACUCAUCAAAUUCCCCCUUUUAUCUUCUCAUAUAUAUAAUACUCUUUCUAUAUCCUCUCUCUCUCUAAUCCUACGCACUCCUCAACUAACCAUACGCAUCAGACAAACAUAAAAAUACUUAAAAAGACUAAAAUUUUACUAAUUGGAGUUGCUAUCGUGCGCCAUUCGUGCUUUAUCUUCGUCGGAAAUGGGCGGUGCAGGCGGAAACGGGAACGGAGGAGGAGGAGGAGGGAUACAGCCGUCGGGUGCGGCGGAGGCGCUGUACUCGGCGGCGAGGAUUUCGGUAUGGUGGGAUAUAGAAAAUUGUCAAGUACCUAGAGGAUCUGAUCCUCAUGCGAUAGCGCAGAAUAUAAGUUCUGCGCUUGUGAAUAUGAAUUACUGUGGACCUGUUUCGAUUUCCGCUUACGGUGAUACGACUAAGAUCUCUGCUUCUGUUCAACAGGCGCUUAAUAGUACUGGAAUUGGACUUAAUCAUGUUCCUGCAGGUGUGAAAGAUGCUAGUGAUAAGAAGAUUCUCGUGGACAUGUUAUUCUGGGCAGUCGACAAUCCUGCUCCUGCUAAUUAUUUGUUGAUUUCGGGAGAUCGUGAUUUUUCAAAUGCUCUUCAUCAAUUGCGCAUGCGCAGAUAUAAUAUUCUUCUAGCACAACCUCAAAAAGCAUCUGUUCCUCUUGUUGCUGCUGCGAAGACUGUAUGGCUCUGGACAAGCCUUUCAGCUGGAGGUCCGCCUCUCACAAAUAGUGAAUCAAGUCAACUUGUAAAUAGCAGCUAUGGUUCUGUACCUACUUUGGACUCAUUAUCUACGUCAUCUAGUGACUCCAGUUUGAUAGGCCAGCUUGUUGAUACUUACCAUGAAAGCCCGCAAAUGAAGUUUAACAAUUUGGGAAGGGGUACAGAAAUUAAACAGAAGGGCAAACCAGUUCGUAGAAAUGUGACUCAAUCCAGUAUAUCACGAAGUUCAUCCGGCACACAAGAAAAUCAUUGUGCAGCAAACUUUCAUCAACCAGGGUAUGGAUAUCCUAAGCAGUUCAGUGAUUCAGUGGAGUUGCCUGCAGCUCAUAAUUCAAGAAUUCCUUUCUGUGGGCCUGUACCUGGUAAUCCGGAGCCUUCUUGGGGGAAUGGAAACAACUCACAGAACAAUCAUCAAAACAAUUAUCCUCCAGUAAGGCCAAACAACCUCACGGUAUCACCGGUUGUCCCACCUGGUAAUUUCUUGCCACCUAAUUCGCAUUUGCAUCAUUCGCAUUCAAUGCCUCCUAGGUCUGAUGCACCAGGCUUCACCUCAGGCCCUCAAAUAUCUAUGCCUGAUGUGGGUAAGCUAAAAAUCAGUGAAAGCUCCAAUAAUGGUCAUAAUCGUUCUUUUUCUCAACCGUGGAAUGGAGAAUCGAGACAACCUCCUAACAAUGAGAAUUCUUAUACAAAUAUAAAUGGGCCUCAUAAAGGACACAAUUUGCAGAAGAAGACACCAUUUUACGUUGAAAAAGAGGUAAACAGGUAUCCACAUCCCAGCCCUGAGAUUCCACCACCGUCUUCUAUAACAAAUAGCAGUAAUGGACCUCUCAAUGGUGUGUGGGGAGCUCCAGGAUGCCCAAAACCUUCUGACUAUGUUCAAGGCCUUAUUGGAGUCGUUUUACUUGCAUUGAACACCCUAAAAAAUGAGAAGAUUAUGCCUACUGAGCCAAACAUCGCUGAUUGCAUCAAAUACGGAGAUCCAAAACACCGCAAUACAGAUGUUAAGAAGGCUCUCGCAAGUGCAGUAGAACAACAGCUUGUAGUUACGCGGAAUUUAGGUGCUUUGCAAUUAUAUGUUGGUAAAAAUGAGAACCUAUGGAGGUGCGUGAACCCCAUCGGUGGUAAUCUGAAGCAGUAUCCCAAAGAAGCAUGGGAUGACCUCCAGAAAUUUCUAUCAUCUUCUGCUGGACGAGCUGCCAUAAGCGCUACACAGUGCAGGUUUGAAGCAGCUACACUUAUUAAGAAAUUGUGCCUAAAGGAGCUUGCUUUAGGCGAAAUACUUCAGAUCUUGCACAUGGUUAUUAACAUGAAGAAAUGGCUUGUACUACAUCAAUCCGGAUGGCAACCAAUUAAGAUUACUCUUGCAGAGAUUGUCCCCGAUUCAGGGGUGGUUGCUGCAACAUAAGAUCUGCAAGAUCUGGUUAUGGCUGGGGAGAGAUGGCUUAUAUAGGUACUUCUUAUCAGUUCCUUGAUGCACUUAUUGACUGAACUGAUAAUUGGUCAAUCUUGCCCAUUUCUCCUCUUAAAGUGUUGUUAAGUAGCUGUAUUUAUGGUUAAUUAAGUUGUUCUGGAGUAGAUAUUAGUAUGGCUGUUUGAUCUUUUCCCUGGGAAAUCACAAAGCACUGUUAUGAGAACUUAUGUUGGAUGUUUUAAGAAAACCUUCUGAGACGUUGAUUUUUGCUGGAAUUUUAGAAUUCCUUAGACGAGAGAUCGCUAUCACAUAGGUGGUUGGUGCUUCGAAUUUUGGGGUAUUACUUCAUUGCCUGGUUAUGGACUAUUGAUUAAAGGGAUCAACAAAUGUGGAAUGUCGCGAACAGUGAUUCUGGAGCCCUGAGUAGCGUAUGUGAGAAUAUCCUAGUUGAUUUUGUAUCAAGCGUGUACAUUUUGAAUCUAGGCAUCUCAGAGCAGGUAGAAGGUAUAAAAUUCGUUGAACAAAGGAUAUGCUUGUUUGGUUCAUAUGCAUGGCAUAAGGACUGGAGUUAAAAAAAACUCUGAAGCUGUUGUGGAGGCUUGGAGCUGAUUUAUUGUUAAGUAGUUUUCGAAGGUGUAUCGGUGCACUAUGAAGAUAUUCAGAUUUUGCUGGCUGGGCAGAGAAUUGAAUGCCCAAGACCCUCAUGUUUCAACAAACAAGACUAAGCAAAUAAAACUAUGUGGCAGAUUAUGGUAUUAUGCAUGAAUCCGAGUUUGUGCGAAGACUGAUAAAUCCUUCAACUAUAUCAUAUUUCACUUGGUAUGCAUAAAUCAGAGUUUGUGAGAAGACUGAUAAAUCCUUCAACCAUAUCACAUUUCAUCACUUGAAAUUAUGGAAGAAGUUAGAGACGAUUGACUACAUUCCAAGUAACUUCGACGCAUUUUCAUUGAAUGUAUGAUAAUCUCGUGAUGGCUUAUUCAAGUUUUUACAGGUUGACUGCAUACAAAGACGAUUGUAUGGUAGCAUCUCACCCCAUGCUUUAGACUUUCCCCUGCUGUUUUAAACUAUUGUAGAUAUAUGUUGUAAUGCUGGAACUUGGAUGGAGUUCAUUUUCAGCAGUAACUUUUAAAAUAAAACUUUCCUUGGUUUA